GUCUCUAGUCUAGCCUCUGCUGGAGAGACCUCUCUCACUCCCGCAGCGAAGGAGAAGUGCGCGCCUUCCGCACGUUAAGCUUCUCCAGUGCACAUCCUCCCUUCUUCUGCUUCUUCUCCUUUCUUUCUUUUUCUUGAUCUUCGCCCUCUACUAUCUCAUUCCUCUUCUCCUUUUCCGAAAUUUGCAGAGUUGGUUUUUUUUUUUUUUUUUUUCUCUCCCUUUUCUUCGGUCUGCAAUGGAGCUUGCUGGCUAGGGUUUUUCGAUCUUCAAGCCCUAGAUCGAAGAAUUCUAGGGCCAUGAUUUGCUGAUAAUGGUGGCUGCGAUCUCCGCCACCACGACCUCCACCGCGCGCCAGAAGACCCGCCCGACCGACGACUCGCAGCGGCCGCCACUUGCUCCCUCCGAGCGCGACAAUGGCGUCGCGCGGAGGCCCAAGGGCCGCGAGAUCAACUCCCGCUAUCUCUCCUCUCUCACUCCGACCACGUCCUCGUCGUCGUCGUCCACCCCCCGCCGCUGCGCCUCGCCCUCUCGGCCUGUCACGCCUUCUCCGGAUCGCGCCUGUGGGACGACCACCAAGAGAGCGCAGUCGGCCGAGCGUCGCCGACCCUCUACUGCCUCACGCCCGUCUACUCCCGUACCGGCAGCCGUCGACAAUGUGAAGCGGGCGCCGGAGGUCCUCUGGCCGUCCACGCGGAGCUUGUCAGUGUCGUUUCAGGGGGAGUCGUUUUCGCUUCCGAUCGGCCGCCGGGAGCGGACGUCGACGGCAGCCAGGGCCUCGUCGCCUGCCGUUUCUGGCACGCUAAGAAAGAGCGGCACGACGCCAGAGAGGAGGCGCAGCGUGAAGGGCGGGGAGCUGGCGGAGAAUUCGAAGCCGGCUGAGAAUUCCAGGAUUAGGGUUGAGCAGCAGCACCGUUGGCCGGGGGUCUCCUCGGGGAGGAGCGUGCUGACGAGGAGCCUCGACUUCACGGAGAGGAUUGGCCGGGAUCCGCUGGCGAGGGUUUUGCAGCAGUCAGUGGACGAGAGCUCGGUGGUGAGGCGGGCGUCGUUCGACGGCAGGGUGAACUCCGACUCUGGCACGGCGGACACCUCGGAUAACUCUGCCCUUUUGGAUCUCGCUUCCGAUACAGAGAGCGUCUCUUCCAGCAGCAACUCGGCCGGCCGGGAGCCCGGGGGGACCGUCCGCCGAGCAGUCUGCACGCCAGCGAGGUUCUUACAGGAGGGUGCGGGUGGGCGGCUGGGGCGGUCACAUGGUUUGGGCUCGUCUCUGUUGGAGAUCAAUGCACCGAAGCCUAGGCUUACCCCUGCGAGGAAAUCCACCGACAGUCCGUCGUCUUCUCCCCGGACGGUCUCCACGACGAGGUCUGCUUCUUCCCCAAUUAGAGGGUCCAGCCGCCCCUCUUCUCCGAGCAAGUACGGGAUCUCGUCUUGUCCGCCAUCGAGAGGAAUGCCGAGUCCCUUGCGGAAUCGGGCGUCGUCGACCCCAGCCUUGUCAUCGAUGAGUUCUUCAAUCAACAGUCGCUCAACUGAUUCGUUCUCAUCCGUCCUUAGCUUGGUCGAUGUUCGGAAGGUGAAGAAGGGUGUAAACCUUAUUGAGGACGCUCAUUUGUUGAGGUUGCUCUACAACAGGCACCUGCAGUGGAGGUUUGUCAACGCAAGAGCAGAUGUUGCGCUUGCCACACGGACAUCGAAGGCUAAGAGAAUAUUACAUAAUGCAUGGAUAACAACAUCCAAAUUGCGGGAAUCUGUCACGUUUAGAAGGAUCAAGCUACAGCAACUGAGGCAACAUGCUAAACUAACUGCAGUACUCCAGGGACAAAUGGCCUUGCUCGAAGAGUGGUCUGUUCUGGAUAGAGACCACUCUUGCUCCCUAUCUGGUGCUAUUGAAGCACUGAAAGCAAGCACUCUCCGCCUUCCAGUUGUUGGUGCUGCAAAGGCAGAUAUCCAAGAUGUUAAGGAAGCUGUUGGUUCAGCUGUUGAUGUGAUGCAAACCAUGGGAUCUUCCAUUUGUCAUUUGCUCUCUAAGGUAGAAGGGAUGAAUACCUUGGUAUCUGAAUUAGCUGAUGUGGCUUCACAAGGCCAAUCGUUGCUUGAUGAAUGUAGAGACCUUUUUUCAUCAGUAGCUACUCUUCAAGUGGAAGAGUGUAGCGUAAGGACGCAUCUGUUACAACUAAAACGAGUUCACGGAGCCUCACACAACAUGAGCUGAGAUUUUUUUGUUUUUUGGUGACCUUUCUCUGAAAGCUAACAUCAACCGUAAAGCUUCUUUUGAUCCAAGAACAUAGUGGAAUGGGGGAGGACAUUCGAUUUCUUUGGAGUAAGGAGAUGAUGCUGUUCUUUGCUUGGAUUUGGUGUGUCCGAUUGCUUGCAACUCCUCCCUAGGGUUUCUAACUCACGGCGGUCCAUGGAUUCCUGUAUCAUUUCUUUUCUCAAUUUUCUUCUUUUUUUUUUUCCUUCUUUUGGUGUAUACACAUACUUUGUAAGAAAAUUCGAUGUAAAUAUGUUCUCCUUGGGUUUAUAAUAGUGUUCGGCCAUCUCA